GCUGGAGAUAAAUAAACCAUGCGUUGCAGUAGUAGCUCGAGGAUGAAAAAUCUUGAAGACGCCAUUAUCGCAGAGCUUUCUGCUUCAACAAACCCUUCAAUGGCGAUAGACCCUGAACUCGUCCACCUUCGCUUGCAGCAGUUGUUUCCUACUUUCCAAACCCCCAGUCACCCUCCUUACUCUUCGAUGAUUCGACAAGCAAUUUUGAAAUUAAAUGAGGAGUGUGGAUCAACUGAGGAGGCUAUAUCGAGGCAUUUAGAGAAAGAAUACAUGGGUUUGCCAUUGGCGCAUGCUAGUUUCUUGAGUCAUCAUCUGAAGAAGCUCUCUAGUGAUGGAGAGCUUGUAUGUGUGGGUAAUGAACGGUAUAUGAUCAAUGUGGAUGGUGAGAUCAUCGAGAAUGUUGAGAAGGGAGAUCAAGCCUUAGUCCAAGGGAAGGGGAGUGAAGUUGAGGCUGUUGAUGGCUGUAGUAGUGUAAAUGGUGAUCGAGUUCCGGAAUCUGAGAAUCAAUGUGAAGUUGAAAGACAAAGUGCUGAAGCAAAUGCGCUGAAUACAGCAUGUGAGCACAGAAUGGAAGCUGGAAGGGAAUCGGUUAAAGAGGUUCAAGAAGAAGGUCUAAACUUUAGCGGACAAAUCAAAUCAGGUCAUCAGUUAAAGAUUCUUUAUGGGAAUGGAGAGAUUGUAUCUGGCAGCAAUGAACAGUAUAUGGUCCAAGUGGAUGGUGGUGAUUUCGGGAAUGAGGGAAUGAAUCAUGGAUUGAAUGUUUCAACUAGCGAUGAGAAGGAAGAUCAAACCUUGGUCCAAUUAAAUGGGAGAAAAGUCCAGGCUAUUGUUGGUUGGAGUGGAGUGAACGUUGAUCAAGCUGUGGAAUCUGAGAAUGGAUGUGAAUUUGAAAGAACAGAGGGACCCAAAGAACAAAAGAAAGUCAUGAAGGAACCACUUACAGAGGUUCAAGAAGAAAGUCAAAACUUUAGUGGUCAAAUUGAAGUGAGUCAUCAUUUGGAGAAGCACAAGGAGAUUGAUUGUGCCAAUAACGAACAAUAUAUGGUCCAAGUGGAUGGUGAUGAUUUGGAUAAAGAGGAUGAGGAGAUGAGUCAUCGGUUGAGCAUUUCAGAUAGAGAUGAGAAGGAAGAUCGAACCUUAGUCCAAGUAAAGAGGAAAGAAGUUGAAGCUAAUGAUGGCUCGAAUGGGGUAAACGGCGAUCAAGCUGCGGAAUCUGAGAACCGAUGUGAAGUUGAAAGACUUAAUGUUGAAGUGAGUAGUCAAAAUAAAACAUUUGAGCAAAGAAUGGAGGGAUUUGAAGAACAAAACGAAGUAGCUGAAGAAGUCGAUGCAGCAAAAGGAAAGCUAACUAAGGUGGCUCAAAAACGAAGGGGAAAAAAGAGAAAAAGACAGAACACUAAACGACAGAUAAAGAAAAAGGGUUUCCAUCAUCAGUUGAGCAUUUCAGAUAGAGUUGAGAAGGAAGAUCUAACCUUAGUCCAAGUUGCGGAAUCUGAGAAUCCACUGGAAAUUGGAGGACAUAGUGUUGAAGUCAGUGGUCAAAAUAAAGCAUGCAAGCAAAGAACGGAGGAACUAGAAGAAAAAAACGAGGGCAGAAGGGAAUCACUUAAAGAGGUUCAAGAAGAAAGACUAAACUUUAGUGGUCCAAUUGAGGUGUCUGAAGAAGUCGAUGUUGCAGAAGAAAAGCUAACUAAGGUGACUCGAAACCGAAGGGGACUAAAGAGAAAACGACAAGCGAAGACUAAACGACAAAGAAAGGUACUGAAGAAUGAUGAUGAUAUCCUGCAGCCUACCAUGGAAGUCGAGAAGAAUUAUGUCGAGCAGCAACAACAGCAAAUGGAGGGUGGAAGUGGAGUAAAAAAAUCUGCUGGUAAACAAGAGCAACCACAACUAUGUAAGAUGAUUAGUGAGCAAGUCCACCCACAGGGCCUGAAAAUUGACAUCAGAACCAACAUGCGGGGAUUGCCUUUUGAUAGGGAUGUAAAAAAUUUGAAGACUUCACUUCCAAAGCGUUCUGGCCGUCUAUUAGAAAAGCAAAAGAAAGAACCUUUAAAGCAUGAGGAGGACCAGAAAAGGAAGCUUCGCGACAAAAAAUGGGGUUCCUUUAUUGUUUGUGCACUGCCAGCACCGCGAUCAAGGACAAAUAUUGACCUGAAUGCACCUAAGCAUCUGACAGAGUCAAGGUCUGCAUCUCUUGAAUCGAGGGAGUCAGGGGAGAUCCUUUUAAGGCAACUUGAGCGUUCUACUCCUACAAAGCCUAGAAGUAUUCGGGGGAAUACAUCCAAGAGGUUUACUCAAAGUGAGCCAAAACCAGAUGGUAUGUCCAAAGACCUAGAACUCGAGAAGCAAGAACAGAAGCUUCGAGAACCCGAAAAGCUCCCAGAAUAUGAAUUAAAGACCAAGCAAGGAAAUUUUGGUGGUGAUAAGGCAACUGUAUCCCCAUCAAUUAAAGUGAAAGUCUCAAUGGAUCAAGGACACCGAAUGGGCUUAUCUAUUGUUUGUGCUUUGGCGGCACCACAAUCAAGGACAAAUAUUAACUCAAAGGCACGUAUGCCACUGACGGACUCAGUGUCUGCUUCUUCUGAAUCGAGGGAGUCUGGUGAGAUCCUUUUACGGAGUCUUAAGCGUUCUACUCCUAGAAAGCCUAGAGCUCUUAGGAGGAAUACACCUAAAAGGUUCAUUCAAAGUGAGCCAAAACUGGAUGGUAUGUCCAAAGGUCUGGAACUCGAGAAGCAAGAACAGCAGUUAGAAUAUGAAUUAAUGACCAAGCAAGCAAAUUUUGGCUGUGAGGACGUAGCUGUAUCCCCAUCAAUUAAGGUGAAAGACCCUAUGGAUCAAGGGCACCAAACGGAGCGGAUAAAGGUUUAUGUUCGGAGAAGCAAAUCCCAGCUAAAAGAACCCGGACACCUCAACAUUUGCAAAGAAACAACUAUGAAAGUUCCAUAUCUCUGACUGAAUCAAAAAUUAUCAAUGGUUCCUUCCUGAUAGCCUCAAUCCUCUGUAAAGAAAAAGGGGUGCUUUCCUGUUUAAUCUACCUAGUAAUUAUGCAGUUGACAUCCAUAUUAACUUGAUACCGUGCCGCUGGUUCGUUCGCUUUCUUCUUGCUAUGGUGUUAGCUCUGUUACAGACUAUUUUCUACGGCUUAGCGUUGAUCGAAUGCCGAUCCGGUGAGCCUUUGUUUUUUUUUCUGCUUCGAAACUGUAUGCUUGCUUCUGGUUUACCCGUGUCUAUCUACAGAUAUUAUGAAAGCAUUGAUAUAAACUUAUUGAUGAUA